CGCGCCGGAAGUAGCGUAGCGGGAGGGCGGAAGUGAGGGCGGCGGCCGGCAUGGCCAAGCAGUACGACAUGGUGGAGUGCCCGUUCUGCGAUGAGGUUUCCAAGUACGAGAAGCUCGCCAAAAUCGGGCAGGGAACCUUCGGGGAAGUGUUCAAAGCCAAGCACCGACAGACGGGCAAAAAGGUGGCGCUGAAGAAGGUGUUGAUGGAAAAUGAGAAGGAGGGGUUCCCCAUCACAGCUCUGCGAGAGAUUAAAAUCCUCCAGCUGCUCAAGCAUGAGAAUGUGGUGAACCUCAUAGAAAUCUGUAGGACCAAAGCCUCUCCAUACAACCGCUGCAAAGGAAGUAUCUACCUGGUGUUUGACUUCUGUGAGCACGACCUGGCUGGCCUUCUCAGCAACACCCACGUCAAGUUCACGCUCUCAGAGAUCAAGAAAGUGAUGCAGAUGCUAUUGAAUGGACUUUAUUACAUCCACAGGAACAAGAUCUUGCAUCGAGACAUGAAAGCUGCCAACGUUCUGAUCACGCGGGACGGAGUCCUGAAGCUGGCAGACUUUGGGCUGGCUCGAGCUUUCAGCCUGGCUAAGAACAGCCAGCCGAAUCGCUACACCAACCGUGUUGUGACCCUGUGGUAUCGGCCACCAGAGCUGCUGCUAGGGGAGCGGGACUACGGGCCCCCCAUUGACCUCUGGGGUGGAGGCUGCAUCAUGGCAGAGAUGUGGACCCGCAGCCCCAUCAUGCAGGGGAACACGGAGCAGCACCAGCUCACCCUCAUUAGCCAGCUCUGCGGAUCCAUCACGCCAGAGGUCUGGCCGAAUGUGGAUAAGUAUGAGCUGUACCAGAAGCUGGAGCUCCCCAAGGGCCAGAAGCGCAAGGUGAAGGAUCGCCUGAAGGCCUACGUCAAGGACCCCUAUGCACUCGACCUCAUCGACAAGCUGCUGGUGCUGGACCCGGCCCAACGCAUCGACAGCGAUGAUGCGCUGAACCACGACUUCUUCUGGUCAGACCCCAUGCCCUCGGACCUCAAAAACAUGCUGUCCACCCACAACCAGUCCAUGUUCGAGUACCUGGCCCCGCCGCGCAGGAGGGGUGGGCACAUGCCCCAGCAGCCAGCAAACCAGGGCAGGAAUCCUGCGGCUACCAACCAGACUGAGUUUGACAGGGUGUUUUGAGCGGGGUCCUGGCUGGGCUGCUCUGCGGGAUGUGUUGAGCAGGGGCAUCUCAGCAGGGUCUCUCUCUCUCUGAUCAGGGACUUCCUUCAAGGCCAAGUGCCUGGUGGCUUUACCUGAGCCCUCCCCUCGCCUUGUGCAGCAGCUCUGCCACCAAGGAGCUGCGGGGGGCAGCUGUGUGUGUGUGAGUGUGAGUGGGGAAGUGAUGCCUACGAGCCCGCAGCUGUUUCCCUGUGGCUUUGGCACAGCCCGUGUCCCCAUGGAGCAGUCCAUAUUGAUUAUGUUAAUCUUGUGAAUCGAUUGCUAUGGAUCUGAUGAUGGAGAAGCUGGCUCCGUCAGCGCUGGGGUUUGCUGCGGGGAGCCCUGCUGGGAGCUGUCUGCAGCUCUCAUUUGGUGUUAGCUCCUGUACUGCGUAUCCUCUGAGCACCCAGGUGUUGGUGUAGGAUGCUGCAGCUGCUUCUGAGUAAUGUGGGGAAAGCAGAGUGGCUCCAGGCUUAAUGACCAACUCUUGCUCCAGCCUUGAAGGGGACUUACUGGGCCGGCCAUGCUGAUGGAACUGGUUGCUCCAUACAUCCAGGAUUUACAGUAGGAAUUAGCACUCAGUGUGCUUUCUUGGCUCUGGAGUGCAAUUAAGUUCUUUGUGGGGCACACCCAGACAGCUGCCUGCUUGCUCCCCAUAGUGCUGAUGAUGGAGCUGGAGUUGCUGUACUCAGGCUGUGCUCUGGCCUUUGCUUGGAAGCAGCCCCCUGUCCUUGCAGUGCUUCACAGCAUGCUUGUGCUGGAGCUGCAAGGGCCGCUCUGCUUACAAACACUCCUGUGUGCAUUCCUCUGUCCUGGAGCCAUUUGUGUGCAGUCUGGAGCAGGACUGCUGCCUUCCCCGGGGACCAGGUGCACACCGGGCACUGCUGGAGCACUGGUGCAGAGCAAGAGCUCCUUCCCACCUUGUCUUCCAUGACUGACCUCCAGCUGGAGCUGGCUGCCUUUUCCCAAGCCACACGAAUCCCCAGACUUUCCAAUGAGCGACGUGUACAAAAUGCAGGGGGUUAUAACCUUUGCCAUUUGAUAAGUUGUCCGUUAACCAGGAGGUAGCAGAGCAGCUCCGCACGCACGGCAGCGGGCAUUGGACUGGUGUGAGAGCAGUGGAUAAGGAUGAUAAAGGACACCUAUAAGGUAAAUCUGACAUGGUGGAGGGCUCUGGAAUAGCGCCUGGGUGCGGAGGGGACUUGAUGUGUCUUUUUUUCUUCUUCUUUUUUUUUUUUUUUUUGGACAAAUGAAGUUGGUCGCAAGCAAUAAGCCAGAUUGCUCUGUCAGUUGUGAAUAAACACGGUGCCGUUCCAAA